AAUUUUAAACUGAAAUAAAAUCAUUUAUUUUUUUUCAAAUUUAUCUCCCUAUGGAUGUGAAGUAAUAUUAUCAGAAUUUCAUAAUGUCGUUUUAUUCCAUAUACUGCCAUGAAAGAUUUACAUUUGAGGUCUUAUUAUGGUUUUAAACAAAAGCAGUAUUGUUAUUAUUAUUAAAACUAUCAAAGAUUAUUGGUUUAUUUCAAAAUUUAUAAAUUAAAAAAUAACGAUUGAAUUUGAAAAAGAGAUGAUUUGAGUAUUUGAUAAAAAUAAAACUAAUAAAGAUUUUCAAUGGUAAUAUCAUCUCAAAUUGAGCUGGUUGAAACUUAAACAUCUAAAAAACAAAGGGGGAAAUGAAUCUUACCCAAGAAAAAAACUUUCUUUCUGUUUAGUCUCUGACAGCAAUUCUCCAAACAAAACCAGUUCAGAGAUUCAAAAAAUUCAGCAACAUCUCAGGCAACCAAAAUGGAGAAAAUUGGAAUGAAUAAACAAAUAGAAAAACCCUGAAACAGAGAAGAAGUUGUUGACGCGGAAAAUCUGGAAUGUUCACAUGUAAAUAUUUCCCCAGAAAAACCUGAAAACAUGCAGGAAACAUGAACAACUUAAUUAGUUGUUGAAGCAGCUGAGAUGCAUGUCCAAGCUAACCUCCCUUAUUACAAUCCUGAAACUAACAUGCAUUCUCUUCAUAAAGCAAACAUCAAAUCAUCCGAAAAAGGACAGAGAUGUCUUCAUCAGGGUUCCAGAAAGCAACCCACAUGGCCGUGCUGCUGCUUCUCUUCCUGGCUCUUAUCUCAGCAGCAGCAGCUACAGACACCGCUCCAAAAACCCAUGAUCUUGAUGUUGCUAUUGAGGAAAUGGCAAAAGCAAAUUACUUCACUUUUAUCACCCUCAUCAAAAUGUCUCCUCUUGAUAAUAAAAUUCUUGGGAAUGUCACUUUCUUGAUGCCCAACGACAGAAUCCUGUCAAAAACCAACAUCCUGCGAGAUUCUGUUUCUGAGUUUCUGCUUCGCCAUUCAAUUCCAUCACCUUUGCUGUUUGAUCACCUUCGACAUAUCCCAUCAGGUUCCACGAUUCCAAGUUCUGAACCUGAAUACAUCCUUAACAUUAACAACGGAGGCCGGAGGAGUUUCUUUCUCAACAACGUUAAAAUCAUUAGCCCAAACAUAUGCACUGCAGGCUCCUCCAUCCGCUGCCAUGGCAUUGAUGGGGUGUUGUCUCCGAUCAACAAGAUACCACCUGAAAGUUGCUCUAACACCAGUAGAACUCCGGCGGUUGUGACCACACCACAAACACCAUCAUCACGAGCACCGAUAGCCCCUCCAGUGGGCGACCCCAUUCAGAUUCCUGUGGCUGCACCCGAACCUGUUGGUCCAAAAAAAUCAGGGUCCUGCAUGUCUCAUGAAGGAUUAUUGAAUUUCUUAGUGACUCUUGUUAUUUCAAUAAUGGUGUUCAAUAUAUAGUUUUGUACUUGGGAACCUUGUGAGUGCUGGAUUGAGUUGCUGGUUUUGGA